UGUCUGACAAAGUGGCAGGACUGAAAGUGUACAGAGAUCGAGCCCUUGAUGCAGAAAAACAGGUGAAAGAGCUGAAAGACGACAACCAAAGAUUGAAAAUACAGGUAGAUGCGUCUCAGUUAAAAGCAAUGACAUCUAGAAAUGAAUCAGAGAGCCUGAAAGCUGAGCUUAAAAUGCAGUCUGAUAUAUUGAAAACGAAAGAGAACACAAUUGACAAUUUUAAGAUGGUCUUGGAUGCAAAGGAAAAGAUACUUGAUGCUCAGAAGGAGGAGAUUAAGAAACAACGCAAAGUCGCACAAGAGACAGAAAUGGAGGCAAAAAGAAAUCGCCAGAAUGAAGAAACUUCUAUGAAGCGACUAAAACACAAAGAUGACGAAAAUCUGAGCCUACGAAAGGAAAUCACAUCACUACACAAGUCUUUGCAAGAUUUUGAGAGGAAGAUGUCUAAACAAGAGUCGAAAUACCAAGUCCUCCAGGAGAAAUGUGAACGUGCUCAAACAGAAAAAGCAAACCUACAGAAAAAGUAUCAAAAACUAAAAACUUCUGCAGCAAAUCUUGAGAAAGAGAUUAUUGAAACCCAGACACUCCUGGAAAAGUCCAAGCAAGAGACUCAAUUUUAUAAGCAUCAGGUGGAGCAGGUCAAGAUAAAGCUGGUUGACACGAAAGACAACAGCAAGGAAAAUAAGAUAAAAUUUGAAAAGGACCUCCUGCGUACACAGGAAGAUUACAUGAAACUGAAAACGCAGAGAGAAGACGCUCUGACCAAAAACAGAAGAGCUGCAGAAGUACUUCUCAGCAAUAACAGAAAAAUUGGAAUACAAGCCGAUAUCAUUCGUGAACAGGAAUGCAAGAUCGUAGAACUAACUAAGGAAGUUCUGCGACUCCAUGCAAAUGAGCAGAAAUUCAGAAUGGUUAAAGAAACGUAUUCCAAGGUGCAAAGGCUGGGGCUAAAUGAGGAGAAUGGAGAUAUUAUACUUCUCCCAGACACGGACAAGAAAACGGGAAAACUCACAAUGCUUCGCACUGAGAACCGCAGAUUGUCCACAAAACUGAAAGAGAAAGUGACAGAAAUUGAAAAUCUAAAGCUUGAGGAGGCGAAUCUCCAGAAUGUGAUGAAGUGUCUCAAGUCUAAGUUAGACCAUGUGCCAGAAGAUGUAAUGCUUCAAGUUCAGGAGAGUCAGACCACCAUCAAAGCUCUGAGAAGACAGAAAAAAGCACUAGAGGCAGAGCUCACUGUGCUUGUUAAGGCACAGACAGUAUACCACAGGAAGAGCCCCACCUUCCAGUGCAAACAUGUUAUAUACAGUGGAUGAUGUGAAAACUAUGAGGAUUGGUUAAAACAGAUGGUGAUCCAUUUCUUUUCUUUUUCUGCCCUGUUGUAUUAUUCUGGUAGCUUGUUGAUGUAUGACGUUUAUUAUUAUCAUUCCUAUGAGAAAUGGUGACAAUUGAAGCUCGUUCACCUUUCUAAUUCUAUCUAAUCUUGUAAAUACAACUCA